GAUAUGAAAGGACUAGUUGUUACAAUCCUUAGUGUUUGCACCACUACUGAUUCCAUGCAGAGUUCUUGAAGAUAGCUGCCAUAAGACUAACCAUCAAUCCCCAGACCCGUCACAGGGUGUUUCAGGUCCAUCACAGGUCCAUCACAGGUCCAUAGAUCCAUAAAUCCACAGAUCCAUUAUCGAUCCACAGUUAAUAGACGUGACGAACACUCCAAAGGAAUCAGGGAACACGAACAUAUAAUCAGUGCUGGAAUGUAACCAAGUACAUUUACUCAAGUACUUUACUUAAGUACAAUUUUGAGGUACUUGUACUUUACUUGAGUAUUUCCAUUUUCUGUAACUUUAUUUUACUUUUACUCCACUACAUUUAUCUGACAGCUUUAGUUACUCUUUUAGGAGAUUUAACAUAAAAAUGUGAUCAAUUUAAAGUUAUAAGACAUUUUUUAUUAAUGAAACCUCAUAACAGUUCAUUAAGUUAUCAAAAUGAGUCAUAUCUUUACAUAAAUCAAUAAUAUAAAUUCAUAACCUGAACCUGAGAUGUUACGUUAAAAUCAUUCAUGAACAGACUUUCUCGUUAUUUACACUGAGUAUAAACACAGAAUCCUGUCUGUGUUCUGAACAGAAACUGCUAAGUCAUGUCUGCCGGCCUCGAUGACACGGACAGCGUGUUCGACCUGAACGAGGUCCCAGAGACUGAGCUGCUGGAUAACAGCAUUCAGAAGGGUCGCGCCCAGCUGUCCGUCAAGGCCCGCAGGUCCCGCCCCUCCAGGUCCCGCUACAGAGACAGUGUGAGCUCCACGGAGGGGGACGAGGGUCUGGAGAGGAAGGACAGCCCGUUACACUCGGCCCGCUCACCUCUCCAUCACGCCAUGCGAGGCUCCUCCCCCUCUCCUGAUUCGCUGCUGUCUGCCCGUAGCCCCGCCUUCUCCUUCGACACGCCGCUGGUGCGGCGAUCCCCGGAGGACGAAGGCGCCUCAUUGGCCACUCCGCCGCGGGGGCGGUACCGCCAGCUGACCAACGCCACGUCUCAGGAGGCACUGGUCACGCCUAGCAGCUCGCCGUCCAGGUCCUGCCCCACCCCUGACUGCUCCAGGGUCUACAUGAGGAGGAGCAGGAGGCCUGACAGCGAAGUGUUGGUCUCUGACUCCAGUCGGGACACGAGUCCAGCUGAUCCUGGCAGUCCGACCGUCGUGUUCGACAAGAAAACCAAGAGACGAUUCCUGGACCUCGGUGUGACUCUGCGGCGUUCCUACAUCAGAGUGAGGAAGGAGAAGUCCAACCGUCUGUCUGUGGGCAGCAGAGAGCCGUCCCAGAGUCCGUCUCGGUCUUCGGGGUCGUUCGUCUCGUUCUCCUGGUUCACUGAAGGACGGGGUCUGUCCUCCGGGACUCCCCCUGGCUCCCCCAAAGCCCCCCCGCUGGGCUCGCCGAGACCCCGCAAGUCUCACUCUCAGGAGUCGGCUCUCAGCGAGGAGUUCUCUCCUCCUCACUCCUCCUCGACCUCUCCUCCCAUCGACUCCUCCUCCAGAUCCUCUCAUCCAUAUCACACCCUAUCCCAGUCCUCAGACGAGCCCGUGGAGGACCCGUCCUGUCUCGUGUCCUCCUGGUCCAGUCAGCAGGUCUGUGAUUGGCUGCAAGGAUUGAACAUGGGUCAGUAUGUCUCUGAGUUCAGAGUGAGGGACGUGGAUGGACAGCAGCUGCUACAGCUGGACGGGUCCAAGCUGAAGGCUCUGGGCGUCCUCAGCUCGUCAGACCGUGGCGCUCUGAAGAGACGCAUCAAAGAUUUUCACUCUGCAGCCGAGAAGGAGAGGAAAGCUCUGGACAAGAUGGAGAGACAGAAAGAGAAACAACGGAGGAGAGACACCGAGCAGCGCAGGACCUGAAGACAGCCACCGAGGGGACAGAGGGACAGAGGACAAUCUCCAGAGGGACAGAGACAAGAGGGAGAACAACAAUGAAAAAACUAAGAAAGGACAAUAAACAUUGCAGGAACUGAGGACAACCACCAGGGGGGGACAGAGAGAGAGAGACAAGGAGACACAGAGAGGACCGAGGGACAGACAACGGAGAAAAGACAACAAACAGUGCAGGAACUGAGGACAACCAGGGGAGAAGAAAGGGGGACACACAGGGUCAGAAGGGGACAGAGAGAGACAAAAGGGGACACAGAGGGACAGAGGGGGACACAGGGGGACACAGAGGGACACAGGGGGACACAGGG